AUGGAGUGGGUUCGUGGAGAAACAAUCGGACACGGCACGUUUUCCACCGUCAGUCUAGCGACGCCGUCGAAUAUCAAACACUCCGGCGAGUUCCCGUCGCUCAUGGCAGUCAAAUCUUCCAACUCCUACGGCGGCGCAGCCAUCGCGUACGAGAAAACAGUGUUGGACUCACUCGGAGACUGCCCUGAGAUCGUACGAUGUUACGGAGAAGAUCAAACGGUGGAGAAUGGCGAGAAGUUGCACAACUUGCUACUCGAGUACGCUUCGAGAGGAAGCUUAGCGUCUCAACUAAACGGCGAGGGUCUACCGGAGUCCACCGUGCGACGCCACACAGGAUCAGUGCUCAGAGGGUUACGUCAUAUUCACUCAAAAGGGUUCGCUCACUGCGAUAUAAAACUCGGGAAUAUUCUGUUAUUCGGAGACGGCGCCGUUAAGAUUGCGGAUUUCGGUUUGGCGAGAGAUUUAACGGCGUCAAAAGACGGCGUGGAGAUUAGAGGGACGCCGUUAUAUAUGGCGCCGGAAUCUGUUAAUGAUAACGAGUAUGGAGCAGCUGCUGACGUGUGGGCGUUAGGAUGCGCCGUGGUUGAGAUGUUUAGCGGCGAAACGGCGUGGAGUGUUGAUGAAGGAUCGCACUUCAUGUCCGAAGAGUUGCCGAAGAUUCCAGAGGAGUUGUCGGAAGAAGGAAAAGACUUCUUGAGGAAGUGUUUCGUUAGAAAUCCCGAGAAAAGAUGGACGGCUGAGAUGCUUUUAAAUCAUCCGUUCGUGGCCGUUGAUUGCGAAGGCAAGGAUGGUCAACGAGACGAAAUCUUUAUGGAUGUGAAGGAAGAUGUAACGACCUCGCCAAGAUGCCCGUUCGGGUUUCCUGAUUGGGAAUCUGUGUCGUCCGAGUCAGAGGCGCAAUAUCAGCCGUUGGAUUCUCCGGUGGUGAGAUUUGAGAGCUUGGUUAGUGAAACGGUACCUGAUUGGUCUAUCUCCGAGGACUGGAUCACGGUGCGGUGA